GCUUUUUUGAGUGUUUGGCUGGCCAGCUUAAAGUCAUUUUAUGCUUAAAAUAAGCUCAAAAAAAUAAUUGGACUCAUUUAACUUAGUUUAUCUAAAGCAGCUUAUAAGCUGAAAAUUCAGCUUAUAAGUCAAAAAAAAUAAGUUGGACUAGCUUAUAAGCUGCAAACAACUUUAAGCUGUAAGCCGAUCCAAACGGGUAAGUCUUCUUUCUCCUUUUCCUUCUUCGCCUGCUACCGUCCGAUCGAUCAUUUCGGGGCAUCGUUUUCACUCUCAAAUCACUCUUCUUAAACUCAAAAAUAAGUUCCAUUUUCACAUCUCCCAGCACAAUUCUCUGUUGUUCCAAAAUUUUAAAAGUGAAUAUUUUCACUGUCAGAAAAAUUGGGGAUGGCUACCAUGUAAUUCUCAUGUCAACAAGCAUUAUGGUCAAGUAAGGAACCUACUAAAGUAUAGAUUGAAAUGAAUUGCGGCUGCUUUGGUGCCUCAACUCAGCGUCAAGAUACACGAGAUACUGGAGGCUGCUCCACUACAAAGACAAAGAAAUUUUCAUAUAGUGAAUUACGAAAAGCAACCAACAACUUCCACCAAAGUAAUAAAAUAGGGCGAGGAGGUUUUGGGACAGUAUACAAGGGAACUCUAAGAAGUGGAAUAGAAGUUGCUGUGAAACCGCUUUCUGCUGAAUCGAGGCAGGGGUUGCGUGAGUUUUUGACCGAGAUUGAAACCAUAUCAGAUGUCACACAUCCCAAUCUGGUUGAGUUGAUUGGAUACUGCCUUGAUGGAAAUAACCGGAUCUUGGUCUAUGAAUAUUUAGACAAUACGAGCCUUGAUCGAGCACUUUUUGGUUCCGGGACUAGGAAUGUUCAAUUAGACUGGGAGACAAGGGCUGCUAUUUGCUUGGGUACUGCUACAGGUCUUGCUUAUCUACAUGAAGAACUAGUGCCACAUAUAGUGCACCGGGACAUCAAAGCUAGUAAUAUACUGCUUGAUAAGGAUUAUAAACCAAAAAUUGGAGAUUUUGGACUGGCAAAGCUUUUUCCAGACAAUAUCACUCACAUCACCACACAGAUAAAAGGAACGACUGGCUAUCUGGCACCCGAAUAUGUAAUGGGCCGUCAAUUAACGUCCAAGGCUGAUGUUUACAGUUUUGGGGUCCUAAUACUUGAAACAGUUAGUGGCAGGAGUAGUGGCAGUGGUACAUGGCAAGGGCAGAAGUUACUCCUGGAAUCGGCAUGGCAGCUCUAUGAAGAGGGAAAACUUUUGGAGUUGGUCGAUCCAGAACUGGGCGAUUUUCCAGAAAAAGAAGUCCUCAAGUACAUCAAGGUAGCUCUCUUUUGCACACAAGAAACUGCAAAUCGAAGACCGAUGAUGAGCCAGGUUCUUGACAUGCUCACAAAAAACAUCAAGCUAAAUGAGAAUGAACUCACACCACCAGGAUUUUUCCAAGAUUCGGGGGGUUCUAGUAGCACACAAUUAAAACUGAAGUCAUCUGAAAGCAGUACAAGUCAUCAAAUGAGUUCUGUACCUCUUACAAUUACUCAGGUGACCCCUAGAUAAUCAAUUUUUCAUUUGUGAAUGGCAAUUGAAUAUUUCAACUCAGGAUGAGUUGACAGCUUUAGCUCUACAAAAGAAGAGGAAUUUAGGAAGAAACUAUUGCCCGCGGGGCUUUGGGUUCAGUGAUAAGGAUAUUGCAACACGUGAUAUGUGGGUUAGGCGCAUAUGUACACCAACUACAGUUGGACAGAAGCUGUAGGGAAUUUCUUUUGUAUUAAAAAAAAAAAAUGGAAGAAGUUAUGUGAAUUAAUGAUACCCUAUUUUUUCUAAUUAUUUGGUUUUAUCCUUAAA